AUGCAUGGGGGAAGAGAAGGAGAUCUGAGAUUUCCUAUCAUCUCUUGCCUCAUCUUUCUUUGUGUUCUAACAGGUGGAGGGUUUCUUGUUGUUUACGUUUUCGUGCCCGAUCUUUCGCAGCCAUGGCAUCCCGUUGCAGCAUUGGUGUUGAUAGGUUUUCCAUGGGUUUUUUGGUUCCUAACAUAUCUCUACACGUGCAUGAAACAUUCGUGUUGCGUCAACAACGGCAGCGGCCAAGACCACCAGAGACGAGGCGCCACCCGGUCGAUGGCGGCGGCAACCACCACCACCACCGGCGGUGCAGCCACCAUGAAUUGCACCUCGCGCGGAGGGUCUCCGGUGAACUCUAUGGAGCCCCCACGGCGCGUGCAGUUCGGGCCAGUGGUGGUGAUGGAUGGGAAUGGGAAUGGGAAUGGGAAUGGGAAUGGGAAGGGGAAGGGGAAGGGUGGUGAAGGAGACCAUUCGUCCAUUGCCUCGACGGCCGGAUCGGAACGGCCGUUAACUUCAUCGGUGUCGUCUGGGUAG